CGCAAAGAGCUUUUCAGAUUAAACGUUAAACAAUGUUUUACAAGUUCACAUGCAAUUUUCUGAGUCAUGUUAAAAGAGUUAAAUGUUGUUCAAAUGUAAAUAGUAUAUAAUAUAUAUGUAUGUAUAUUAUGUUCUAUACUGAUGCAGGUUUGUUUGUAAUUAUAGUGUCAGAAAGUGACUUUGUUAAAACCAGUUAAAUAAUAAAAUGGCAACAAGUUCUCAGUCUUUAGUUGAGCUGGAUUCGCAUGAAGUGAAGGACUAUAUUUGUAAUGCCUGUGAAGACAAGAAUACUGUUGAGACCAGUGCUGAUUUCUAUUGUAAACAGUGUGACUGGUUUUAUUGUGGAGGCUGUAUUGAUCCACAUGGUAAAGCCUUGGCUAAACAUACUACAUUUGGAAGGGAAGAAAUAGAUAAAUGGCCAGUUUCAAAAAAGGUGGUGGAUUUUCUACAAACUUGUGAUGUUCAUAAGGACCAUAAAAUUGACCAAUUCUGCAACCUGCACAAACAGCUGUGCUGCCCUCAGUGUGUAUCUGAUCAACACAGCCAGUGCAGUAAAGUGACCCAGAUUUCGGAGCUGACCAACUCGCAGCCCACAGGCCUAGAGGGGCUGUCAGUGGAGCUGGAAACUGUCCUGGGGGAAAUUAAAACCCUGCAAAUCAGUCAGAAGGCCAGCAUUCAGUCAUUGCAGAGAACAUACAAGGAACAUAGUGCAGUUAUGAUAGAGCAAAUGCUUGGCAAUUUAAAUACUUAUAUAGAUGAAUGUGAUAAUAAUUCUGUGGGUACAUCAGGCGGAAAUGAGCAAUAUUUAAAAGAAGAGAUGUGUAGGAGUGUUCUCUCUAUCGUGAAUGAAUUCGAUAAUAUUACUACGAAGGAACUUAACGAGAUGAAAGAUGAAGUUAUAAGUAUUAAAGAGUCAGUUACAAGUUCUAUUCAUAAAUGCACCACUCUUCACAAUGACUUGUCACAAUUCCAUGAACUUGUUCAGAAAAUUGGAGAUAAUAAGGAGCUCUGUCUUAUAGCCAGCAUAAAAUGUAAGCAUAUAAUACAGCAGGCAUUGACUCUGCUAGGAAAGUCAGGCAAGGCGUUAACGUCCAGCGGAAGUCUGUGCACAAUGUGA